CCUUGAACCAACCUCGGUAACAAAUUUUAACUACAAACGUGCUUGCUUGAUACAUAACGAGCUUUUGGAAAAGGAGUUUACAGAAAAGCGAAGAGAACUGAAGUUUGAUGGUCGUUUAGAUAAGGAACUUUCAGAAUCCUAUGCAUUUCUGAUGGUUGAUCGAUAUCAGGUUCAAAGCAUAUGUGAGAAAGGAUUACAUGUGGGCCAGUCCAAAAUAACAAUUCUCGGUAGUCCUUCCAGAGGUGUGUAUCUUUCUAGGUAUGCUGAUUUAUUACAAGCUAAUCCUUUGGAAGCUGGGGCAAUUGGUGAUGUUGUUAUUUUUAAAAUAAUGAAGGGUAAAAUAAAGAGUAUAUACGACCCCAUGGGUGUAAAAAGUUUGGAAUCUAUGUUAAAUAAAAGUGCUUUGGACCCCACACCAAAGCAUGAAUGUCACAUGUCAAAGAAUGCCAAUAGAGUUACAUCACUUUGGGCUUACAGAGCCUAUGAGCUUACUCAGUAUUAUUUUUAUGAGUAUGGCUUUGAUGAACUAAGGCAAAGACCAAGACAUGUUUGUCCAUAUGCAGUUGUGUCAUUUAUUUACAAAGACGAUAUACAAACUCCGAAGUUUGUAUCUUCAUCAAGAUCUAACAGCUUUAAUGCAGAUAGAAACAUAGAUAAAUUUAAUUAUACCUUGUGGAAAGGACAGCUUUUAAAUAAAGGAAAGCUUCUGUGUUAUAUUUCUCUGAGGUCAGCCACUCGUGCUUUUUUGCCUAUCAAGCUUCCUGAGAAGUUAGAUGUUGAAACGGUUAUGAGUAUUGAUCAUCUGAAACAGAAAAUCCCUCCAGCACUGUUUUAUAAGGAGACAUACUUAGGUCCAAAUGAAGUUUUGAAGAAUGGAAUGUAUUGCAGCCUUUAUGAAGUUGUAGAAAAGACAAGAAUUGGAAGUAACAUGGAGAAUUUACUGCAAAAACUAGAGAAAGAAAAACUUGUUCUUGUUAAACCUUUGGGAGACCGAGGAUACCUUUUUCUUCUCUCUCCUUAUCAGAUGGUUUCUCCAUAUGAACAUCAGACUGCCAAGUCUCGAGUUCUACAUGCUUUGUUUCUGUUUCAAGAACCUAGAGGCAUAGUUACUUCACAAAAAGGUCCAACCAAUGCAGCACCACAGGAGAGGCAUGAGAACAUGCCAGAUGUAUUGAAAAUAGCUCAAUUUUUACAAUUUGCUUUGAUUCAGUGUCGAAAGGAAUUCAAAAAUAUAAACACUAUAAAUUUUCAUUCUGUUGUUGGAAAGUAUGUAAGUGAAUUUUUUAAGCGAGGUUUUGGUUCAGGUAAACGAGAGUUUAUCAUGUUUCCCUAUGAUUCACGAUUAGAUGAUAAAAAAUUCUUAUACUCAGCUCCAAAACAUAAAUCCCAUAUUGAUGAUUGCUUGCAUACCUAUAUUUUUCGGCCUGAAAUGUAUCAGUUAUCUAUUUGUAAAUUAAAAGAGCUAUUUGAAGAAAAUAGAAAACCUCAACAGUUUAGUCCACUUUCAGAUUAUGAAGGUCAAGAAGAAGAAAUGAAUGGUACAAAAAUGAAAUUUGGACAACGAAAUAACUCAAGGGGUGAAACUAUUACACCUGGAAAACAAAAGUCAUCUCAUUCUUUGGAUUAUGAUAAGGAUAGAGUCAAAGAAUUGAUUAAUUUAAUUCAGUGUAGGAAAAAAAAUGUGGGUGGGGACUCAGACACAGAAGAUAUGAGAAGUAAAACUGUCUUGAAGAGGAAGCUUGAGGAUCUACCUGAAAAUAUGAGAAAGCUCGCCAAAACCAGUAAUUUAUCUGAAAAUUGCCAUCUGUAUGAAGAGUCUCCACAGCCUAUUGGCUCACUUGUGCAUGAUGGUGACUUGAGACAGCAGCAGCAGGAUACCUGUAACUCCGGUGUUGCUGACAUUCAUAGGCUGUUUAAUUGGCUGUCAGAAACACUAGCAAAUGCACGCCAUUCUGAUGCAUCCCUGACAGACACAGUCAACAAAGCUUUGGGAUUGAGUACUGAUGAUGCCUAUGAAGAGCUGAGGCAAAAGUAUGAGUUGAACUCUACUCCAAAUAAGAAAGAAUAUGAACAGUCUACUUGUGUAAAAAUUGAAAAUGCACAUUUUAAGGGCACUCAGAGCCCAUUGCUGGAAGUCGAUACAGCAUCUUUAAAGUAUCCUGUUGCUAUUUCUACCAGUGAAGGAGGCACUGACCAUAAGCUGCAUUUGAAAGAAGAUCCAGAUUUAAUUAGUAUGAAUAAUUUUGAAGAUUGCAGUUUGUGUCCCACUGUUCCCAUUGAACAUGGAUUCUGUAGACAACAGUCUAAGUCAAAUAAUGUUGAAGAGACUGAAAUACAUUGGAAACUGAUUCCAAUUACAGACACACGAAAGGGCACUGAGGAUGUCGUGUUGACAGGUCAGGUGGUGACAGUGGAGGAGCAGUGUGUGCCAGCAGCAGAGCAGCCUGCAAUGAGUGAAACCACAGAGAGGACAGUUUUAGGAGAGUACAGUCUCUUUUCUAGGAAGAUAGAAGAGAUUUUGAAGCAAAAGAAUGUUUCAUAUGUCAGUAGAAUUUCCACACCUAUCUUUUCAACACAAGAGAAGAUGAAACGGCUUUCUGAGUUCAUAUAUUCUAAGACUUCCAAAGCUGGUGUGCAGGAGUUUGUCGAUGGCUUGCAUGAGAAACUAAAUACUAUUAUUAUUAAAGCCUCAGCCAAGGGUGAGAAUUUGCCUUCAGUCAGUCUUAAUGAUUCUCGUAGUAAGAUAGCAUUGAAUCCUCUCGAGAGGCACGUCCUGCCAGUUUCCUCAAGUGACUUCAACAAUAAACACCUCCUUGAGCCACUUUGUAGUGAUGCUUUGAAAGACACCAACUCUAAUGUGCAGCAUUCCCCUUCAACUUUGAGUUUAACCGAAGUAGAAAUGAACCAGCCACACCACACUGCAGAGUUAAUUGUGACUUCCAAUCAUACUGUACCUGGUGAUAUUGCUCGGGAACCAGAAGAAAAAGAAACAACAAAAUCGCCCAGUGAUGUAAACAUUUCUGCACAACCAGCUCUUUCAAAUUUUAUAAGCCAGUUAGAACCUGAAGUAUUUAACAGUUUGGUAAAAAUCAUGAAAGAUGUCCAGAAAAAUACUGUGAAAUUUUAUAUUCAUGAAGAAGAAGAGAGUGUGCUCUGUAAAGAAAUAAAGGAAUAUCUUAUCAAAUUAGGCAAUACAGAGUGUCAUCCAGAACAGUUUUUGGAAAGAAGAUCAAAAUUAGAUAAACUAUUGAUUAUUAUUCAAAAUGAAGACAUUGCAGGUUUCAUUCACAAGGUACCUGGCUUGGUGACUUUGAAAAAACUCUCCUGCGUUAGUUUUGCUGGUGUUGAUAGCCUGGAUGAUGUUAAAAAUCAUACAUACAAUGAAUUAUUUGUAUCUGGAGGUUUUAUUGUGUCUGACGAAUCAAUUCUAAAUCCAGACUUGGUGACAAUUGAGAACCUUAAAAAUUUUUUGACAUUCCUUGAGGAACUUAGUACUCCAGAAGGAAAAUGGCAAUGGAAAGUCCACUGUAAGUUUCAGAAAAAACUAAAGGAACAGGGCAGAUUGAAUGCUAAAGCUCUAAGCCUGCUGACACUUCUGAAUAUCUAUCAGAAGAAACACCUGGUUGAAAUUUUGUCAUACCACAAUUGUGAUUCACAAACUCGAAACGCUCCAGAAUUGGAUUGCCUUAUCAGACUUCAGGCUCAGAACAUACAGCAGCGACACAUAGUCUUUUUAACAGAGAAAAGCAUAAAGGUGCUUUCCAGUUAUACAGAUAAUGGAAUAGUGGUUGCAACUGCUGAAGACUUUAUGCAAAACUUUAAAAAUCUCGUGGGCUAUCACAACUCAGUCACAGAAGAAAACCUUCCGCUGCCUGGUGCUAAUGAGAAUCUUGAGUCGCAGUCAGCUCUUUUAGAAAACGAUGAAAAGGAUGAAGAGGAUAUGUCUCUGGAUUCAGGGGAUGAAAUCUCACAAAUAGAAGUAUGCAGCAAUUUUCCUUCAGAAAUAUUGGCGAAAGAGACCAAAGGAUCACAUGGAACAGAUCAAAAAAAGAAUUUUCAAAUUGAGUUGCAGUUAUCUUUUGACGUGCAAAAAAGUUUAUUAGAAGAUAAGACUUAUCAAAUUGAUUCUGAAGAGAGAGCUUCUGUUGAUAUGGUAUGCUCCGAAGGAGAGAACAGCAAUUCAGCAGAACAAGAUUCAUAUAGUAACUUUCAGGUCUAUCACAGUCCAUUAAAUAUGUCCCAUCAGUUUAGUCAUUUUAAUGUUCUCACUCAUCAGACAUUUUUGGGGACACCAUAUGCACUUUCAUCAAGUCAGUCUCAAGAAAAUGAAAAUUACCUUUUAUCUGCUUAUACUCAAAGCUUGGAUAGAGAUAAAUCUCCAUCUCCAUUAAGUUGGGGAAAAAAUGAUUCUUCCAGGCCAUUUUCAAAAGAGAAAUAAUUAUAGUAACUUUUUUUUUUAUAGGUUGCUUGUGGACUUUGUUUCUUAAAAGUGAAUUAACAAUUUAUAUUUCAUUCUCUAAACAAGAGGUUUCUUGUCCUUUCUCAAUGUUUUUUUUUUUUAUAGGUUGCUUGUGGACUUUGUUUCUUAAAAGUGAAUUAACAAUUUAUAUUUCGUUCUCUAAACAAGAGGUUUCUUGUCCUUUCUCAAUGUUUUUUUUUUUUUUCUUAUUUAAAUCAUGAUGGCCUGUAACAGUUGAAGCAUCUGAAAAUUGAAAUAAAUAUAUAUAUAUAUUUUUAACAUAUUGUACUUGGAUUAUCUCAUAUUGGCACUUUUAAGUUUUAAGUUUGUGUGUCACCUGUACCUGGGCUUCAAAUGAAGCCUGCUUUUUAUGUAAAAUUAGUUGUUUGGAGAAAGAUGGUAAACAGCAGUGGCUUUACUUUUCUUCCUCUAAUGUCAGAUGAUACAAACAACUACUUUUGCUGAAAUGAAUAAUCAACUAUUGUAUUUACUUUGUUUUUGUAUAGUGUUUUUACACAGGUAUAAGCCAGUGAUGUUAAUAUUUACAGAAUUUUGGCUCAGUACCUCAAGAUUUAUCUAACAGUGCAGUUUCAUUUACGUAAAUAAACUAUACAUAGGACUUA